CCGUCUCGGUCCCCGCCCGCCAGCUCUCCCCUGGCCACACCCUCCGCCGGGACGCAGCCGCCGCCGCUGCCCUCUGUCCACGAGGCUGCCGGCUUGGGACCCCCCGGCUCUGCCAUGUCGCCCUCUGGUCGCCUGUGUCUCCUCACCAUCGCUGGCCUGAUUCUCCCCACCAAAGGACAUAUAUUGAAGGAGGCCACAUCCGUUUCUCCAGCAGACCCAGUUCAUGCCCUGACGCCGGCCCCAGACGCAGUCUACCCAGAACCCCAGUCCACUGCUCAGACAACCCUGCAGACUGGUGGAACCACACGGGAGCAGGAGGAGGAGAUCCAGACCCCGAAAAUGGAGGAGACCCAGUCCCCGCAACCGACAGGACUGCAUGUGCUUUUAGCAACAGAUCCGAAGACCGUCAAGAGCAGCCCAGAAGCCACGUCCUCUGCCAAACCCACUAAAGGCACCACGCUCUCCAAGAAGCAGGCUCCAGGCAAAGGCGUCAGGCCGGACCCUGUCCUCGGGCCAACUGGUUCCAGUGAGGAAAACCCCUUCUCCUAUGAUGAGAACACUCUCCGGAAGCGGGGGCUGCUGGUCGCAGCUGUGCUGUUCAUCACAGGCAUUGUCAUCCUCACAAGUGGCAAGUGUAGGCGGUUACCCCAAUUAUGCCGGAAUCGUAACAGGGUUCAGAGAGCAACCUGCUUGGUGAACAUAGCCACGUGCUGGCAAGGUGGUGACACACCCAACUGCAUGGGGGACGGAAGCUCCCAUGCUCAGGAUUCUCCCAGACCUCGCCCUGUGUAGUUCUUGACCUGGCUGUGCAUCUGUAUUCUUCAUCAUAGCCUCCAUGAUAUAAUAAACUGGUAAACAUAAGUGUU